AGUAGUUGAGUUUGUGGAAGCUUCUGGGAGAGAGAAAGGAACAAGGAUCAGGAAUGGUGAAUAACCGGAUCUCCGAGUCUACCACCACAGCGGUGAGCAAUAACGGCAGCCCUCCCAAAGCCUGUGCCGGCUGCGGGGGCAAAAUUGCAGACAGGUUCUUGCUCUAUUCUAUGGACCGGUACUGGCACACCCGGUGCCUGAAAUGUUCCUGCUGCCAAGCACAACUGGGCGAGAUUGGCACGUCCUGUUACACAAAGAGCGGCAUGAUCCUGUGCCGGAAUGACUACAUCCGGUUGUUUGGGAACAGCGGCGCUUGCAAUGCGUGUGGCCAGUCCAUCCCUGCCAGUGAAAUGGUCAUGCGGGCACAAGGCAGUGUUUACCAUCUGAAGUGUUUCACAUGUGCCACAUGCAGGAACAGACUUGUACCGGGAGACAGGUUUCACUACGUCAAUGGCACCAUCUUCUGCGAACACGACCGUCCCACAGGGCUACUGAAUGGCCAUUUAAAUCCCCUCCAGAGUAACCCCCUCCAAGGCAGCCCCAUGCUUCCUGACCAGAAAGUUUGCUAAGAGACGGAGCGUGAGCCAGAUGUGUACCCCUCGUGCCUUCUGUUAAUAUUACCUUGGAGACACAUCCGUGACAUAGAAAUAUAUCUAUAUAUAAAUAUAUAUAUAAAGAAAUAUAUCCCCUCCCCUCCUCUGCUUAUUUUUUCUUUGCUUGGUCGAGGGUGCCUCCUCGCGCCCCGCCCACCACAGACAUUAAUUGGUGUUUCCGUCUUGGAGGAGUAGGGACAAAGAGACUUGUAAAUGAGAUGUACAAAAAGACAUUUAGGAUGAAUUUGGGGGAGGAGCUUGGAAGCUAUAGACCCUUUGUGAUGUGCACUGGAUACUCCUGUUUGGCCUGUAUGGCCAAUCACAAGCUCCAUUAUGGACACAAGGCCACAGUGGGAUACUGAUUUGCUGUUGGAGAGUGGAAAAGUCGGUAUGGAUUCUGUACAGGCCAACGAUGCUGCCAUAUUGUAUUGGACACGCCCCAGGGAGGAGCCUUGCAAAGUGCAUUGGGGGUCCCACCUCAGUAAAGGAAAUGCAUCCAUUUAUAUAAUGAUCCAUCAGGGCCUGGGGGAUGGCAGCAGGUAGGAAACCCACCCUUGGCCAAUGUGCGGAUUGAGGCUACUGUUGGAUUUAUACUGACUGUGCAUGCUGGGAGAUGAAGUUCAUCAGACAUUUCAUGGCUGAGCAUGAUAUUGGUGUGGUCCCUUUCUGUUAUGCUGGUGCAGGAGCCUGAUAUUGUGUAAUUAACAUAAUUAACGGAGUCGCUGAUUUUCUGUUCCCACCCCCUGUGACUGAUGGGAGUUGUAGUUAAGGAACAACCGUUGGAUCUCCUGGCUUUCAGUUCAGUACGACCAGUGUAGUUCCCCCAUGGAGGGCUAACAUCAGGGUGAUCCAGGCCACAGCCCUAGUGCAGUUGCUGAACUACAGACAAGGAGAGAGUGGGCACAGAUCUGUAAGUGGUUUGGGGGUGCAGUAGCCAGUCAUUUUAUGUCUGGUCUCAGAACAGCACUUAAUUUGGGGGGUGAGCUUCGGGUGGAAAAGCACUGGAUUGUCACGGGCAAUGCUGGACCGGUGGCCGAGUGCCACGCCCCCUGCGCACAAGCACAUAAUAGUGGGACUGAUGUCACUGGCUCCCUAGGGUGAGAUGUUCCUGUUGGGAUGGGGGCAGUAUUUAUUUGCCUCUUUUCUAAGUGAGCUGUUGCCAUGAAAUAAGUGUUGGUAAUGAGGCAAGAGCACGGCUUUAGCUUAUUAUACAUGCCAGCUAAGUGCACCUUUCAGCACCCGAUUGUGACAUGUGAGCCCGGGGGGCUUGAGAUACUGAGAGGGGUCGAUGAGAGAUGAUUAUGGACUGAGCAGCAGAACUAGAUCCUGAGUGUCCAUAGCAAUUAACCCCCCCCCCCCCCCCGGGCGCCCUGUCUCACUCAAUUCUAAAUCCAGCCUGGGACUAAUGAGGGACAUUCCAACCCCCCACCAAAAACAUUAUGUCUGGAGUCAAAUAUCCCACAUACGUCCCUCCCUGAGAAUGUGGCCCAGUGCGCCAGCUGGGGGCCACGGCUCUUCCUGACCAACCAAUGGCACAGGAACACUGCACCCUCUUUUCUACCUGCUGAUUUUAACCAUGGCAAAUAGUUUGGUAAGUGAAUGCAGGGGAGGAUCUGGCACAGGGUGAGCAGCCCCACAAUAAUAACCAGACAUCAGACCCACAGAACACAUAUUGGGGAUGAAAUUCUAUUUUAAAUGUGCCCUGUGCCCCCAGCUGCAUAUUAGUUUGUCAUCUGGCUGAUGGGAUCAGUGAGGUGUGAGUCAGUGCCUAGGGGGCCCCACCUGCACACAGUAUUCAAGACAGCACUCUGCUCUUGAAGGAUACUGGUAGUUUUGGGGGAUAUACUUCUUGCUCACCCCUAGUGGGGCCAGCCCCCCCCCAUCCCUUUCCGCUAUAAAACAUCCUGUGUAAAUAAUUGGAAUAAAGGAAUUUUGUGCUUUCUGUUGUGUGUUUUGUCCCAAGUUAGGGGCGGAAACCGGUUUUGUAACAAAAAAAACAACUUUGCACUUUUUUCUUCCCUACACCCUAUUUUGAUGCUGUUAUUAAGAAUAAAAAUUCAACUUUCCAUGA